AUGGGCCUGAAGAUUCUGGCCCAAACGCUUCCUGAGCUUCAGGUGCCCGCCGUGACCGACAAGGAGGAGGAUUCCUUGGAGGCACAGUACAACGGUGGGAUAGUGAACGGAAACGACGAGCUGGCCACGGUCGCCCCAAGUCCUCGAGUUACUUCCAUCAUCGCCGACGUGAUCAGCAUGUGUGAUAACUGCACCGCCAACGAGACCGAGAACUGUACUCUAAACUUCCCCGAGGACGACCCCGCUAACACGGAGAGAAACUACUGGACUCUGCUGCUCCUGCUGUUCCCAGUGUUCACCGUGUUUGGCAACAUUCUGGUGCUCAUGUCCGUGUACAAGGAACGUUCGCUGCAGACCGUCACCAACUACUUCAUAGUGUCCUUGGCGGUCGCCGACCUGCUCCUCGCCUCCAUCGUCAUGCCCUUCGCCGUCUACUAUCUGAGACACCUCAUCUAGCUGACCCUUUGCCGCUAGGUUGCUGCAGUCAAGGCCAUGUUGGUCCCACCAUCGCCCAGUGCAGUGUUAACGAUAUCAUUAACCCCUUGGAUGCGGAUUUCCUACAAGAAGCCAUUCCAUCACCAAGCUACAGGAGUGGAACAAAAAGUGGCUGCUCCAAUUUAGUGGAGAAAAAUAUGAGGUCAUGCAUCUUGGGAGGGAAAAUCCAGCAUAUCAAUACCACAUGGGAAACCCUCCACUACCCACCACAGAGGCACAGAAGGACCCGGGAGCAUAUGUUACCAGGCUACCAGUGAAGGCGAAAUCCGUGUCAAUCGCAGCGGACGAGUUAAUGAAUCAGAGAGGCUGUUGAUUGAAAAAAGUGUAGGAGUAUCAUGACACCUAAGGAACUAAACUGAAAAUCUUUUGGGGGUUUAAAUACCUGUAUAGGAAAAAAUUUCGAGGCCCAUUUUUUUUUUCUUCAUAUCUUGGAGUAAUCCUUUCAGCAUAAAAUAUAAUAAUGAGUUCAAAGAGUUCUCAAGGAACUUUUGAUCUCACUUCUUUAUGCAGAAUCUCACGCCAUUAGUCCAGGUUAGUGAUCAGGUCCCCGGACACUCACUCCCUUUUGACGAAGCAGAUGUUCACAGGCGCCCAUUGAGUUCUUUUCACCGAGGUUUUCUCGAAAAAGUUGUUACGGGGAAGCAAAAUGACUGACAAAACGAGUAUGUUGUUAAGGAGACGCGGCUCAUGACUCGGCAAAAAAAAAGUCAGGUAUAAAAUUAAGAAACAGAGGAGUUGACGCACUUUUUAGUCUUUGACAAACCAGAAACCUUUUAGGU